CUGGGCUGCGGCGUGAGGAGCGGGCGGGCUGGUGGCGCGGAGUUUCGGGUCCGAGGAGCCUCGCGCGGCGCCGGAGAGACAAGAUGUCCGCCAGGGCGGCGGCCGCCAAGAACACAGUGAUGGAGGAAACAGCUAUAUGGGAACAGCACACAGUGACGCUUCACAGGGCUCCUGGGUUUGGAUUUGGAAUCGCGAUAUCUGGGGGAAGAGAUAACCCCCAUUUUCAGAGUGGUGAGACCUCCAUCGUGAUCUCAGAUGUGCUGAAAGGGGGACCAGCCGAGGGGCAGCUGCAGGAAAAUGACCGUGUGGCGAUGGUCAACGGGGUUUCGAUGGAUAACGUUGAACAUGCCUUUGCUGUCCAGCAGCUGAGGAAGAGUGGGAAGAACGCAAAAAUCACCAUUCGGAGGAAGAAGAAGGUUCAGAUCCCUGUCAGCCGUCCGGAUCCUGAACCCGCGUCUGAGAACGAGGAAGACAGCUGCGAUGAGGAAGUCCAUGACGCCAGAGGCAGCCGUGGGGGCCUGGCCAGCAGGAGGAGCGAGAAGAGUUGGGCGAGGGACCGAAGCGCGAGCAGGGAGAGGAGUUUGUCCCCGCGGUCCGACAGGCGGUCUGUGGGCUCUGGCCAGCCUGCCAAGCCCACCAAAGUCACAUUGGUGAAGUCCCGGAAAAAUGAAGAAUAUGGUCUUCGAUUGGCCAGCCAUAUAUUUGUAAAGGAAAUUUCACAAGAUAGUUUGGCAGCGAGAGAUGGCAACAUUCAAGAAGGCGAUGUUGUGUUAAAGAUAAAUGGCACCGUGACAGAGAACAUGUCACUGACUGAUGCCAAGACGCUGAUAGAAAGAUCCAAAGGCAAGUUGAAGAUGGUCGUCCAGAGAGACGAGCGGGCCACGCUGCUGAACGUGCCCGACCUGUCGGACAGCCUGCACUCUGCUGACGCCUCUGAGCGGGAUGAUAUUUCAGAAAUUCAGUCACUGGCCUCAGAUCAUUCUGGCCGGUCACAUGACAGGCCUCCCCGCCACAGCCGGUCUCGAUCUCCCGACCAGCGGUCAGAGCCUUCUGAUCACCCCAGACAUUCUCCACAGCAGCCCAGCAACGGCAGUCUCCGGAGCAGAGAGGAGGAGAGAGUCUCUAAACCUGGGACGGUCUCGACUCCUGUGAAGCAUGCAGAUGGCCACACACCUAAGACCGUGGAGGAAGUGACCGUGGAAAGAAAUGAGAAGCAGGCACCCCCUGCUCCAGAACCAAAGCCUGUGUAUGCUCAAGUUGGACAGCCAGAUGUGGAUUUGCCUGUCAGCCCGGCUGAUGGUGUCCUGCCUAAUUCAUCACAUGAAGAUGGGAUUCUCCGGCCCAGCAUGAAGUUGGUAAAGUUCAGAAAAGGCGAUAGCGUGGGCCUGCGGCUGGCUGGUGGCAAUGAUGUCGGAAUAUUUGUAGCUGGCGUCCUGGAAGACAGCCCUGCAGCCAAAGAAGGCUUGGAAGAGGGUGAUCAGAUCCUCAGGGUAAACAAUGUCGACUUCACAAACAUCAUCAGAGAAGAAGCGGUCCUCUUCCUGCUCGACCUCCCUAAAGGAGAAGAGGUGACCAUCCUGGCCCAGAAGAAGAAGGACGUGUAUCGUCGCAUCGUGGAGUCAGAUGUAGGAGAUUCUUUCUACAUUAGAACCCAUUUUGAAUAUGAGAAGGAAUCUCCCUAUGGACUAAGUUUUAACAAAGGAGAGGUGUUCCGUGUGGUGGAUACUUUGUACAAUGGAAAACUGGGCUCCUGGCUUGCUAUUCGAAUCGGCAAAAAUCACAAGGAGGUAGAACGAGGCAUCAUCCCCAAUAAGAACAGAGCUGAGCAGUUAGCCAGUGUACAGUACACGCUUCCAAAAACAGCAGGCGGAGACCGCGCCGACUUCUGGAGGUUCCGAGGUCUGCGAAGCUCCAAGAGGAACCUGCGGAAAAGCAGGGAGGACUUGUCGGCCCAGCCGGUUCAGACCAAGUUCCCCGCCUAUGAAAGAGUUGUUCUUCGGGAAGCUGGGUUUCUGAGGCCUGUGACCAUCUUUGGACCAAUAGCUGAUGUUGCCAGAGAAAAGCUGGCGCGAGAGGAGCCAGAUAUUUAUCAGAUUGCAAAAAGUGAACCGCGAGAUGCUGGAACUGACCAACGGAGCUCUGGCAUUAUUCGCCUGCAUACAAUAAAGCAGAUAAUAGAUCAAGACAAACAUGCUUUAUUAGACGUGACACCAAACGCAGUGGACCGUCUGAAUUAUGCCCAGUGGUACCCGAUUGUGGUGUUCCUUAAUCCUGAUUCUAAGCAGGGCGUGAAAACAAUGAGAAUGAGGCUAUGUCCAGAAUCUCGGAAAAGUGCCAGGAAAUUAUACGAGCGGUCUCAUAAACUUCGUAAAAAUAAUCAUCACCUUUUUACAACGACAAUUAACUUAAAUUCAAUGAAUGACGGUUGGUAUGGGGCCUUGAAGGAAGCGAUUCAGCAGCAGCAGAGCCAGCUGGUUUGGGUUUCUGAGGGAAAGGCGGACGGUGCCACAAGCGAUGACCUUGAUUUGCAUGAUGAUCGUCUGUCCUACCUGUCAGCCCCAGGUAGCGAGUACUCAAUGUAUAGCACGGACAGUAGACACACCUCUGACUACGAAGACACAGAUACAGAAGGCGGGGCCUACACUGAUCAAGAGCUAGAUGAGACUCUUAAUGAUGAGGUUGGGACCCCCCCAGCAUCGGCCAUUACCCGGUCCUCAGAGCCCGUAAGAGAGGACUCCUCUGGAAUGCACCAUGAAAGCCAGACUUAUCCUCCCUACUCAGCACCUGCUCAGCCUCAGCCAGUUCAUAGACUAGACUCCCCGGGACUUAAAGCAGCCGCUCACCAGAAAGCAGAAGCCUCGUCCCCAGUCCCUUACCUUUCGCCUGAAACAAGCCCAGCACCGUCAGCCUCUGCUGUGGACCCCACUGUCGGGCUCUCCCGUGGCAGACGGGAGGAGCCCGCCCCGGCUCCGCCCGCCUCCCACCCACCGCACGCUGACUCUGUCAGAGCACCAGGUGCUGAGACAGCUCACCCCGUGCUCGGGGGCCCAGGAGCAUCACUGCCGUCGCAUGCAGACCCGCCACAGGUGCACAGAAAGGACCCCUAUCCUGAGGACAUGAUAAGGCAGAACCACGUUCUGAAGCCACCAGCCGUUGGUCACCUGGGGCAGAGGCCGGACAAGGAGCCUAGUCUGAGCUACGAGCCCCAGCCGCAGUACCUGGAGAAACAGGCCAGCAGGGACCUGGAGCAGCCCACAUACAGAUACGACCCCUCGGGCUACGCGGACCACUUCCCUCGAAACCUAAGCCGCCGUCUGCGCUACGAGGAGCGCGUCCCGGCCUACGACGACCACUGGUCCUACUACGAGGACCAGCAGCCGCACCAGCCUCGGCCUGCCUUCGAGCAUCAGCACCCGCGGGACCCGGACUCCAGGCAGCUCCCCGAAGAGCCUUCCGAGCGAGGGUAUUUCCCACAGUUUGAAGAGCCAGCCCCUCUGUCCUAUGACAGUCGGCCCCGCUAUGACCAGCCACUCCGAACCUCCACCCUGCGACAUGAAGAGCCGCCAGCGCCUGGCUAUGACGUGCACCAUCACUACAGGCCGGAGGCACAGCCCCCUCCGGCAGCAGGCCCCAAGACCGUGGAGCCCAAGCAGUAUUACGACCAGUUCCCACGCAGCUACGAGCAGGCUCCGGCGCAGGGCUUUCCCUCCAAGGCGGGCCAGUACGAGCCUCCCCAUGGGGCCGCGGUGGUCGCGCCUCUGCCACCCGCCUCGCAGCACAAGCCGGAAAUCCCACCUCCCAGCACCAAACCACUGCCCCCACCCCCAGCUCUGACCGAGGAGGAGGAAGACCCAGCCAUGAGGCCACAGUCUGUGCUCACGAGGGUGAAGAUGUUUGAAAACAAAAGGUCUGCGUCCUUGGAGAGCAGGAAGGAUGAGAACCACCCCGCCGGCUUCAAGCCUCCAGAGGUAGCAGCUAAACCUCCAGGGGCUCCCGUCGUUGGUCCUAAAGCCAUUCCUCAGAGUCAGUUCAGUGAGCACGACAAGACACUGUACAGGAUCCCAGAACCUCAGAAACCUCAGCCGAAACCCCCUGAAGACAUUGUUCGGUCCCAUCAUUACGAUCCCGAGGAAGAUGAAGAGUAUUACCGGAAACAGCUCUCCUACUUCGACCGAAGGAGCUUCGAGAACAAGCCGCCCACACACGCUCCUGCAGGCCACUCCGAGCUGGCCAAGCCGGCGCGCACUCAGCAUCAGCCAGACCUUUCUAGUUAUUCUUCGAAGGGAAAGUCCGUUGAUUCUGAUGCUGUGGACAGAUCCUUUGGCGAGAAGCGCUAUGACCCCGUCCAGGCCACGCCGCCCCCUCCCCCGCUGCCCUCCCAGUACUCCCAGCCCCCUGCGCUGGGCUCCAGCUCCUCGCUCCACACCCAUGCUAAAGGAGCCCAUGGGGAAGGUAACUUAGUGUCAUUGGAUUUUCAGAACUCUGCGGUGUCCAAGCCCGAGCCACCCCCAUCUCAGAACAAGCUGGCCGCUUUCAGACCCCUGACCCGAGAGGACCCCGCUCUGCCUGCGCUCCACCCCCAGAGAAGUUUCCCGGACAAGGCGCCCGUGAACGGGACUGAACAGACUCAGAAAGCAGUCACUCCAGCCUACAACCGCUUCACCCCCAAACCCUACACGAGCUCCGCGCGGCCGUUCGAGCGCAAGUUCGAGAGCCCCAAGUUCAGCCACAACCUCUUGCCGAGUGAAACCGCCCACAAGCCCGACGUGCCGGCCAAGGUCCCGACCUCUCCCAAAGCCCUCCUGAAGGCGCAGCCCCCCGAGUUCGACAGUGGGGUGGAGACAUUCUCCAUCCACGCAGACAAGCCCAGAUACCAAGUGAACAACGUCGGCACCGUGCCCAGAGCCGUGCCUGUGAGUCCUUCAGCUGUGGAAGAGGAUGACGACGAGGACGGGCACACCGUGGUGGCCACAGCCCGAGGCGUGUUCAACAGCAACGGAGGGGUGCUGAGCUCCAUCGAGACCGGCGUCAGCAUCAUCAUCCCGCAGGGAGCCAUUCCGGAGGGCGUGGAGCAGGAGAUCUACUUCAAGGUCUGCCGGGACAACAGCAUCCUCCCGCCUCUCGAUAAGGAGAAAGGUGAGACCCUGCUGAGCCCGUUGGUGAUGUGUGGGCCCCACGGCCUCAAGUUCCUGAAGCCCGUGGAGCUGCGCCUGCCACACUGUGCGUCCAUGACUCCUGACGGUUGGUCUUUUGCUCUAAAAUCAUCCGACUCCUCGUCGGGUGACCCCAAAACCUGGCAGAACAAGUGUCUUCCUGGAGAUCCAAAUUACCUCGUGGGAGCCAACUGUGUUUCCGUCCUGAUCGACCACUUUUAAUUCUGAAGAUAGAGAACUUGAUUGAUAAUGUGAACUGGGGUUAAACUUACUAAAUCUAAAUGGAACGCUCCCUGAAGUAUCGCCCUGUCCUUGGACUGAUGCCGCGGGGUAGGGCUGAGCCGCUGUUUGAACCGGGACAGCUGGCGAGCAUGCUCCGGCCGUGCGCCGAAAGCAGUGGGUUGGCGAGACGGUCGGAGACGGCUGCUUCGCGCGAUCGUGCUUCCUGUGGUCACUGCCCGCUCCCUUACGAUCCGUUCCAGUACAGCCAGGGCGUGCGUUGGAGUUCUGUCCUUCCAGAGCACUGGCCCGGCCGUGGCCCGGCCUGGCGCACACGCUUCAUCUUACUCUGCAUGAGGUAAUAGGCACACAUUUAAGAGGCACCUGGACUCUGUAACCAGCGUAGUGGAUCUAACAGAAAUGUACAGCAAGGGGAGUCAGCUUCGGGGCGGGGGCGAGUGAAGACAGUUACCGAUUGUACGUGGACACGGCUUCUUAGGGAAGGACACCAAAGCAUGUGACUGGUCCCGUGGCCUCUCUGGGUCCAUAAAUUAACCAUAUCACCAGACCUACUAACCAGCAGGAAUGCCUUACCCUCCUGUUUUUAACUCUUAGGUCGCCCUCUGCGUGUGACCCAGUUUCUCUGGCUUCGUGUGCACCCAGAUACUGAAUCAUGAAACAGGUUGAGUCCGUUGUGCUUCGGGUGGUUUCACAGUUUGGAAUCACCCGGAAGAAAAUGAUGGUGUGAUUUGGGGAUUUUUUUUUUUCCAUUAUUUUUGGCAAGGGGCAGUGGUGGUUUUGUUUCCUGGCUAUGCAUUUGACAGUUUUGAUGUUCUAAGGAUGCUUGUACAUAAUGCGUGCAUACCACUUUUGUUCUUGGUUUGUAAAUUAACUUUUAUAAACUUGACCUUUUUUAUACAUAAACAGAACCAAGUUUCUUAAAGCCACCUUUGUAUUCUCUCCUGUACCUCUUGAGCCUUGAACUUUGACCUCGGCAGCAAUAAAGCCGCAUUUUUACGACACAAGGUCAUUUUUUUAAGAAAAAGAAUGCACAGAGUUGUUACAUUUUUAAGUGCUGCAUUUAAAAGAUACAGUUCCUCAGAAUUCUCUAGUUUGAUUAAAUUCUUGCAGAAUCCUCCUCCUGCAGUUUGUGAUGGGUUGCUGUGCCCUAAAGUGUAUUUUUUUACUAACAGACGAUUUAUACGGCACGUCAGCACGACUCCUGUUUGGUCACACACCCACACUGUCCGGCAGCGGGUGUGGCUGAAUUUCCUCGGCGGGUGUGGAAAAGUCUCCGA